AUGCAGUCUUCUUCAGCUGCCGUACAACUUAUUAAUCCAAAGUCAGAAGUUGCCCGAAGAGGGCAGGCCCUUCAACUUAAUAUUACAGCUGCUAUUGGCUUACAGGAAGUGCUGAAAUCAAAUCUUGGCCCAAAAGGAACGAUUAAAAUGUUAGUUGAUGGAGCUGGUAGCAUCAAGAUCACCAAGGAUGGCAAAGUACUGUUGAGCGAAAUGCAAAUACAAAAUCCUACUGCUGCAAUGAUCGCAAGAGCUGCGACCGCUCAAGAUGAGAUUACUGGGGAUGGUACAACAUCAAUCGCUUUAUUGGUUGGUGAACUAAUGAAACAGUCGGAAAGAUAUAUCUCGGAAGGACUGCAUCCAAGAAUUAUUACAGAGGGUUUUGAUCUGGCAAGAGAUGAAGCGCUUGAGUUUUUAGACAAAUUUAAAGUUGAAAGGCCCAUUGAUCGGGAACUGUUGGUUAAUGUCGCUCGUACUUCUUUACGCACUAAAGUCCAUACCUUGCUUGCGGACACGUUAACUGAAGCCGUUGUUGAUGCAGUUUUAACUAUUAAACGCGAUAACGAACCAAUUGACUUGCAUAUGGUAGAAAUUAUGAAAAUGCAACAUAAAACAGGAGUUGAUUCGCGAUUGAUUCGUGGACUUGUGUUGGAUCAUGGCGCUCGUCAUCCUGACAUGCCAAAGCGCGUUGAAGAUGCAUAUAUUCUAACAUUGAAUGUAUCCUUGGAAUAUGAGAAAAGUGAAAUUAAUUCCGGAUUCUUCUAUUCGUCUGCUGAACAACGAGAGAAAUUGGUUGAAUCAGAAAGAAAAUUUACAGAUGAGAAAGUCAAAAAGAUUGUCGAAUUAAAGAAACAAGUUGUCGGGGAUAGCAAAAAAGGGUUUGUUGUUAUUAAUCAAAAGGGAAUUGAUCCAUUAUCGUUGGAUAUUCUUUGUAAGAAUGGUAUUUUGGCGUUGAGGCGUGCUAAAAGAAGAAAUAUGGAGAGACUUCAACUUAUUUGUGGUGGUACCGCGCAAAAUUCAGUUGACGACUUAACACCUGAAGUCCUCGGACAUGCAGGGCUUAUUUAUGAACAUAUUCUUGGAGAAGAAAAAUAUACAUUUGUUGAAGAGGUUAAAAAUCCUAAAUCAGUUACAAUACUGAUUAAGGGCCCUAACGCGCAUACGAUUGCACAGAUCAAUGACGCAGUUCGUGAUGGAUUAAGAGCCGUAAAAAAUGCAAUUGAAGACAAUAGUGUAAUACCAGGAGCUGGUGCAUUUCAAGUUGCACUGUGUUCGCAUUUAACAAAAUUCAAGGAUAAUGUUAAAGGACGAGCGAAGAUGGGAGUACAGGCUUUUGCAGAUUCAAUGCUGAUUAUACCAAAAGUUUUAGCACAAAACGGAGGGUUUGAUGCACAGGAUACUAUUGUUAAUUUGCAGGAAGAAUAUGCAGCAGGACAUGUAGUUGGAAUAGAUUUAAAUACUGGAGAAAUCCUAGAUCCAGUAUUAGAAGGGAUUUGGGAUAAUUAUAGAGUUGUUCGUCAUAUGAUUCAUUCAAGUAACUUUUUACUGGUCGAUGAAAUGAUGAGGGCCGGCAGGUCAAGCUUGAAAAAUGAUAAUAUUCAAAGUUAA